UUUUUUCUUCUUUUAGAGGAAAAUUUAAAGGCAGACUUGACUCUGCCAUCUGACAAUGAUUUUUGUUUGAAUUUUGGUAUUGUCACAUUUGACAUUUUCUGCAAAAAUGGCUGGUGUGCUGGCGAGAGUAAUUCAGAGGACUAAGCCACAAUUGGGCAUUAUUGGCCCAUUGGUGAGCGUCGGCAAUGGUAAUGUUGCUGUUGUGCGGUUCCAAAGCGCCGACGCUGCGCCUAAAGGCAAGCAAUGUGGUGCACCAAUUUCUGACUGCGACAGAAUCUUUACGAACUUGUACGGGCGUCAUGACUGGAGGUUGAAGGCAGCUAUGGCCCGCGGAGACUGGUACAUGACCAAGGAAAUAUUGCUGAAGGGCAACGAUUGGAUUGUCAAUGAGCUCAAGGUAUCAGGUCUCCGUGGUCGUGGUGGCGCCGGUUUCCCCACUGGUAUGAAGUGGUCUUUCAUGCAGAAGCCCUCGGAUGGCCGUCCUAAGUACCUUGUGGUGAAUGCUGAUGAGGGUGAGCCUGGUACUUGCAAGGACAGGGAGAUUAUGAGGCAUGAUCCUCAUAAGCUGGUGGAAGGUUGCCUGAUCGCCGGCAGGGCUAUCGGAGCCAUUGCUGCUUACAUCUACAUCAGAGGAGAGUUCUACAAUGAAGCCAGCAAUCUCCAAGUUGCUAUUGCUGAGGCCUACCAAGCAGGUUUGAUUGGUAAGAACGCGUGCGGUUCUGGCUACGAUUUCGACGUGUACGUGCAUCGUGGCGCUGGAGCGUACAUCUGUGGCGAGGAGACCGCUCUCAUCGAGUCCAUCGAAGGCAAGCAGGGCAAGCCACGACUAAAGCCCCCGUUCCCCGCUGACAUCGGCCUGUUCGGAUGUCCCACUACUGUGAACAAUGUUGAGACUAUUUCUGUGUCCCCCACAAUCUGCCGCCGUGGUGGAGCCUGGUUCGCGUCAUUCGGCCGUCUCCGUAACCACGGCACCAAGCUGUACAACAUCUCUGGCCACGUGAACACUCCCUGCACCGUCGAGGAGGAGAUGAGCAUUCCUCUGAAGGAGCUCAUUGAGAGACACGCUGGUGGUGUCAUCGGAGGCUGGGACAACUUGCUGGCUAUUAUUCCUGGAGGAUCCUCUACUCCUCUUAUUCCUAAAAGUGUAUGCGAGACAGUGUUGAUGGACUUCGACGCGCUAGUAGCCGCACAGUCGGCCUUCGGUACCGCGGCCAUCAUUGUCAUGGACAAGUCCACGGACAUCGUGAAGGCUAUCGCUCGUCUCAUCAUGUUCUACAAACACGAGUCCUGUGGACAGUGCACGCCCUGCCGCGAGGGAGUCUCCUGGAUGAACAAGAUUAUUUACAGAAUGAUCGACGGAAACGCUUCGCCUAAAGAAAUCGACAUGUUAUGGGAAAUCUCCAAACAAAUUGAAGGUCACACAAUCUGCGCGUUAGGAGACGGUGCAGCGUGGCCCAUACAAGGCCUUAUCCGACACUUUAGGCCUGAGCUGGAGCGCCGCAUGGCUGCCUACGCAUGCGCCUGCGGGCCAAGCAAGGCCGAACGACUUUACUAGUUAUAGUCAACUAACAACUUGACACUAGAUCCAUCUUGCACUGUGUUGGAAAAUACAGAACACAUCAUGUAUUAAAUAGAAGACGGACUUGUACAAAGAUUUUAUUUUAUUACUGUAAUAAAGUGGUUUUUUAUGUUACAAUUAUGUUUAAAUCAAAUGUUUUGACGUCCAUGUCCAUUUUUUUAUACGUUUUUAUUGUUAAAUAGAGGUAUUUUGAGAUCUUUUUGAAGUUCCAAAUCGAUAAUUACGUAAUUAAAGUCUUACUGUUCUAUGUUCUAUGGUUCUAUAUUUCGCAACAUAUUGCAAUAUCGAAAUUAAUUGUACAUAGUGACGUCAUAGGCUCGCAGAUAACGUGUCACUAUCAUUAUUUAUUAUAUUUAUCUAACUUUCAUUCUAGUUUCCAUACAUUUUCCUCUUAUUUCUCUUAAGAGUAUUUAUGCCUAUGUGAUAACCGAUAAUUUUCAUCAAAGUACUGAAAUACAUAUUUUUUUUAUAACAAAAUGUACACUCGACGAAUUGUUUAGAACCACUGGCUCUUCAAACUGUUGACAUUCGUACGUAAACUCACGCGUGUAUCCCAUUGGGGUAGAUAAAAACCACGGACUUAACAUGUAACUAUUUCACUUCACUCGGAUAUAUUCCACCAUUAAUAAAAAAAUUAUGAGAUAUUUGAAAUAGUUACAAAUAUUACACCACCUUUGUUACCACGCGGGAAUUUAGUCGAUUGUACUCAAACGUUUGUAUUUUCAUUAGUCCCUUAUUUAUAUUUCUUCCUAUGUAAAGUAGAUACCCCAUAAAUGUAUAUGUGGCUAUUUAUGUAUUUCCAAUCUGUGACUCUCGCCGUUACUGUCAGCACACGGGUGAUCAAGUAAUUUAGUUAAUUUUGUAUAAUAUUGUAAUUAGAAAUAAAUGUUCUGAGAAUUA